CAAGCCCGGACAGCAUGUUGUUGGUCUUUUUUCAUAAUAAAGUCGAUCAUCCGCGUUUUCAGAAACAGAGAAGAGGCUCUUUUGAUGUCCCCUUAUGCUGCUUGGCCUUUUCCCAACUUUGUCCUCUUACACUCUUUCUAGUCCGCAAGGCAAAAGGUAGCCCCUUGCAGCCCAAAAUGGCGCUCAACACCCUUAUUCAGGUUCUCUUCUUCUCCAUUCUCUCCUUCGCCUCCUCUGCCCUGGCCGCUUUUGGCGUUACCACUUCUGGCAGCAACUUCGUUGUCGAUGCCGGCUCAUCCAACUCCCUCGUCUUCCAAGUCUCCAAGUCCAGCUGCGACAUCAACUCCAUCAAGUACCGCGGCAAUGAACUCCAGUACGCGAGCAAGGGCAGCCACAUCAGCUCCGGCCUCGGUACCGCCACCGUCGAGGCUACCACCAUCACCGCCAGCACCGGCAAGGUUAUCAAGGUGACCUGCACUACAUCGACUCUGACGCACUACCUCAUCGUCAAGGAGGGCGAGGCCAACAUCUACUUGGCUACCUACAUCACUGCUGAGCCCUCUAUCGGCGAGCUCCGCUGGAUCUCGCGUCUCAACAAAGACAUCCUCCCCAGCGAAUACCCCUUCGGCUCUGCCUCCACCACCGCCGGCUCCAGCUCCACUGUCGAGGGCUCCGACGUCUUCGUCGUCGGCGGCCAGACGCGAUCCAAGUUCUACUCGAGCGAGCGCUUCAUCGAUGACAAGGUCCGCUGCGUCUACGGCACCAGCCCCGAGGAGAUCCAUGUCUGCGUGUCCGUCGAGCCCAAGACCGGCUUCGAGCUGUCGUCCGGCGGCCCCUUUUUCCGCGAUAUCAACACCAACAACGCCGGCGACUCCACCAACCUAUACAACUACAUGAACAGCAACCACGCCCAGACCGAGGCCUACCGUAUGGGUCUGCACGGCCCUUACGUCCAGUCCUUCUCCCGCUCCGGCAUUCCCAAGAACACCGACUUCAACUACGACUUCUACAGCGAGCUCGGCCUCAAGGGCUACGUUGCCAAGUCUGGUCGUGGCACCGUCACUGGCACCGCCUCGGGCAUCUCCGGCAGCUUCCAGCGUGUUGUCCACUGGUACAACGCCAACGCCCAGUACUGGACCUACGCCUCCUCCAGCGGCGCCUUCACCUCGCCAGCGAUGAAGCCCGGCACCUACACCAUGGUCCUCUACCAGACCGAGUUCAAGGUCGCCACCACUUCCGUCACCGUCACUGCCGGCAAGGCCACCACCGCCAACAUCGCUAGCGGCCUGACCUCCCACACCAGCCUGUGGAAGAUUGGGGAGUACGACGGCCAGCCCACCGGCUUCCGCAACGCCGACAAGCAGCUCCGUAUGCACCCCUCCGACAGCCGCAUGAGCAGCUGGGGACCAUUGACAUACACCGUUGGCUCCUCCUCCGCCAGCGAUUUCCCCAUGGCCAUCUUCACCGCCGUGAACAACCCUGUCACCAUCAAGUUCAACCUCGCCUCUGCCCCUGGUGCUGCCACCCUCCGCAUCGCCACCACUCUUGCCUUCGCCAGCGGUCGUCCCCAGGCCAAGGUGAACAGUUGGAGCGGCCCGUCCCCCGCUGCGCCCACCAAGAUUGACUCUCGUGGCGUCACUCGUGGCGCUUACCGCGGUCUUGGCGAGGUCUACGACGUCAGUAUCCCUGCUGGCACGCUUGUUGCUGGUGCCAACACAAUCACCAUCUCUGUCAUCUCCGGCAGCAGCGGUGACACUUACCUGAGCCCCAGUGUCAUCUUCGAUGCUGUUGAGCUUUUCACGUAAACAGUUGAUGCUCUAUCUCGCAAGCAACUUUUAUUAUAAGUGAAAGAAGAGUUUGCGGACAAGGGUGGAGGAUAGUUUCCUUGAGUCUUCAUGGUACAUAUUUGGCCAUUGGUCACCAGCACAUAAGCUUCAUCGUACAUAUAUAUUACACACAGUAGCCUACACACCCGUGCGAGAUGGCCAACCAUCUCACUAACCAAGACAUCCCGUCGCCUUUGCACAAUAUUAUUUCGUAGAUGGUAUACAAGUAUCGGCUGUGUCUGCCCUCCUCCUCUUCGCAUCAUCGAAUCAAACUUGAGUUCGAGGCACAAUCGCUUCUGCAUAGUCUAUACCAAGAC